AUGGCCCCGGCAUCACCUGCAGGAUCGGCCCCGGCAUCUCCCCGGCUCCCGGCGUCGUCGCGGGGUCCCGGUCCCGCCGCGCAGCGCCCGGGCCGCUCGGCCGCCAUGGGGCGGCUGCAGGUGGACCGGGCCUUUCCCCGCUCGGCGCGGGGCGCGCUGAAGAUCGCCCGCACGCUGGUGGCGCUGGCCGCCUUCCUGUGCUUCGUGGCCUCGGGCGCGCACGAGGCCUACACGGCGCUGACCGGCAUCGAGACGGUGAUCACCGUCCUGUUCCUGCUGCUCUACCUGCUGAGGCUCGACACGCGGAUGCGGUGCCUCUUCUGGCCGCUGGCUGAUAUUUUCAACUCGGUGAUUGCAGCGUUGUUCCUCCUCGUUGUGGCCUUGUUUGCAAUAAUAAUCAAGACCAACAAGGGAAUAUUGGCUGGAGGAGUGUUGGGUCUUAUAUUGCUUGUUCUCUGCAUUGUCGACGUGGUUCUUCUUUGCAAGAAGAUUAGCCUUGAUAAAGCAAGAGGAAGGAGUGCUCCUGCCAAAUAAGAAUGACGUUAGUGAAAGAAUAAGUUCUCCAUUCUGUUUUCGCACUUUUUUAAAAAGAAUUUGCAUUUUCACAUGCUCACUUCUGAAUUUCAUGUGCACUGAUGUUUCUGCAGUAUCAUUCAUAAGGUUUUGUACUUUUACAAAUGCAGUUUCAGCAUUGCAGUUUCACCAGUUAAAGCUUCGGAGAAAAUUGUUGUGUUUUUCUAAACUUAAUUAUGUUUUUACCUGUAUGAAAAUUAUUUUCAUGGUUGUCUUCUUUCUCUAAUAAAAAGAAAAUACAAACGGG